CCUUGAAGAAAGUUUCCAAAAUAACCUCUCUACCUUUUGCUGCGUUGAGAGAAACAAUUCAUACGGAUUUCCCGAUAAUGCUUGAAAAUAUUUCUCUAUAAAAUUACUAGUUUAUGAGUUUGAAUCUCAAAAAUUUUAAUGAUGACUCCUUGCAUUUUGAAUUUAUACUCUUAUAAUCAUAUCUGCCGGGCCCUAGUUUUACCAACAACAGAAUACAAGUAAUGCCUUCCAGAAAUGACGUGAAUAGUUUGUUGUUAGUAUCCAUCAAUAUUUUCUUUUAAAAUACAAUUUUCCAAAAUGAAUGUGCGUUCUUAUUCGUCAAGAACCGGAAAUUAUUCAUCUAGAAAUUAUUCUUCGGGAAAUUAUUCGUCUGGAAAUUAUUCGUCGGGAACUUAUUCAUCAGGAAAUUAUUCUCCAGGAAAUUAUUCUUCAGGAUAUGUGCCAUCCCGAAUUCCAUAUUCCAGUAGUUCAGUUACCAGCCCAAGAGUUUCAAGUGUGACAUCGAAUUCCGAUCAUAAUGCAUCUUUGUCGAAUAAAGAAGACGAAAAACAACGAGCUGGAUUUAAUAAUUUAGGAAAUACCUGCUUCAUGAAUGCUGUCCUGCAAUGUCUCUGCCAUACGCAACCUCUUAUCGAUUAUUGUGUCCGCAGUUCUUAUCAAAGAGAUCUCAAUUAUUCAAGUCCAUCCAGAGGCAAUUUAUUUAAAGAAUUUGCUGAACUGGUUAAGAAUUCACAAGAAUCCAAGACAGCCAUUAGCCCAUCUAAACUUCAGUUAGAAGCCCAAAGAUAUGCACCCAGGUUUGCCGGUGGAAGGCAGAAUGAUGCUCAUGAAUUUUUACGAUAUCUUUUACAAGGUCUUCAUGAAGAUAUCAGCAGAGCAAAAUACAACUUUUCAAUAAGUGGACAGAAAAGGUACCAAGAGUCUAAUGACAGCUUCAUAGGAGAUAUAUUUGCUGGUCAACUUAAAAGUACUUUAAAAUGCACAAGUUGCAAUAAAGACUCAGUUAUGCAUGAUCCAUUUUGGGAUAUAUCUUUACCCAUACCAGAGGAAUCAUCAAGUUCUUCUUUGAAUCAACUUUUUAACUUAUUUUCUUAUCCUGAAAUUCUAGACGGGCAAAAUAAAGCCUUCUGCGAAUGGUGUCGCCAGAAAAACAGAUGCAGCAAAAAAAUGGAAGUGAACAAAUUUCCUAAAGUACUUGUGAUUCAUUUAAAGCGUUUUUCAGCUUCUUCUUUCCUUAGAAAACUAAACAUAAUGGUGGACUGCCCUCUAGCACUGCGAAAUCUUUCCGAAUUUUCAUCUCGCAGCUACUACAAUUCCUAUUCUUUAUACGGCGUCAUUGAUCAUAUUGGAACAAAUCAUUCUGGCCAUUAUAUUGCAAAGUGUAAAGAUCCUAAAACAAAACUAUGGUACGAGUUUAACGAUUCAAGGGUCACCAAGGCAACUGAUGUCAUCUCCAGUAACAGCUAUAUACUUUUUUAUAUACAAGAUUAAGUCUUCCACAAAAUAUAUUUAAUUGUUAAAAAAAUUAAAAACUGUAUCC